AAAUUUGACAAACAAACUCUCUCAUCGACAUCAUGAGUGGACGCGGCAAAGGAGGAAAAGGACUCGGUAAAGGAGGCGCUAAGCGUCAUCGCAAAGUUCUCCGUGAUAACAUCCAGGGAAUCACCAAGCCCGCCAUCCGCCGUCUGGCUCGCCGCGGCGGAGUCAAGCGUAUCUCCGGCCUCAUCUACGAGGAGACUCGCGGUGUGCUCAAGGUGUUCCUGGAGAACGUCAUCCGUGACGCCGUCACUUACACCGAGCACGCUAAGAGGAAGACCGUCACCGCCAUGGACGUUGUCUACGCUCUCAAGAGGCAGGGCCGCACACUGUACGGCUUCGGCGGUUAAACUCUGGAACCUGAACGCAACACGACACUGAAACACAACGGCUCUUUUAAGAGCCACACACCGACUCUAUAAAGGGCUGAUUAUCUUCAUUGUUAUGCUAUUUUAAAUGGCACAGUAAAUCUGGUUCUGUAACAUGAUUUAAAUGCAGUUAAUGUGAAAAUAUGAAGUAUUUACGAAUAUCUUUAAUAAAUAAAAUAUGCAAAUCA